UUGGUUAAGUCAAGGAGUUAACUACCUAUUUGAAAUAAAAUUAAAAAGAACUUGACACUCUUGACCAAAAACCAAGUUUGACAGUUCGUUCUGUUCUCUUUGGUUUAGUUCAGUUUGCCAACAGUUCAGUUGAUAAAGAUAGAAAUAUAAAAGAAAUAAGUUAUUAAAAAAUGGAUUCACUCUAUAAUAAUCCCAUUAGACAAAGAGUAAACAAAAUUAUUGAUAGUCACAUUGUAACAGAUAAUAGUGAAGCUCUUAAUACUGUCUCAGGAUUAUGUUCAUCGAAUUCAGCUUACACUCGAAGAGUACUUGUAAAUGAGAUUGAAAAAAGGGAUAUGUUGGUAAAUAAAGCCGUCCUCACAGAAUAUAGUAAGGUAAAAAGCAAACUGCAAGUGUUACUGGACUCAUUGUCUACUUUAGAUGUUGCUGUUAAAGAUAUGUCAAAUAGACUACAGGAAUCUAAAACUAAAACACAUCAUUUGAUAACCCAAACGACCAAGUUGAAAGAUGAACGAAAAAAAACUGGAAAGAAACUUAUCUGGGUAGAUGCCUUUGUAAAGAACUUUCAAAUAUCUCCAGAACAGAAUGAGUACCUCUGCAAUGUAUCGGUUAAAACCCCUUUAACUAUUGAGUUUUUUGGUACUCUGUCACAGAUUGAGAAAUUGUAUGAAAACUGUAAAACACUUGUGAAGUGCUGGUAUCAAACUUCGGCUUUUGACAUCAUGGAGAUGAUUGGUCUGCAACAAGAAGUUGCCAUAGAAAAGCUGUAUCACUGGACAAUCGGUGCUUGUGUCAGUACAGACUCAACUAGUAACGUCUUAGUCCCUAAGGCUUUAAACAAGUUUCAAAAUCGUCAAGUACUUUUCUCUAAUAUCAUCGAUGAGUAUUGUUCAGCACGCAAAGCUACUAUUGUGCAGCUAUUUAUUGAUGCGUUGACCAAGGAGGACAAUGCCUCAAAACCAAUAGAAUUUUAUGCUAAUGAUGCAAAACGGUAUAUUGGUGAUAUACUAGCAUGGGUGUACCAAGUCAUACCCGUUGAGAAAGAGAACCUUGCUACUCUGUUGAAGUAUUGCAGCAUGCCAGAUAAAAGCCAGCUGAUCACUGAUGCCCUGACCAGCAUAAUGGAAGCUUUGUGUCCACUGCUCAAAGUUAGAGCUGAACUUAUACUCAAGCCCGAUAAGGAUCCACUGGUACUGUGGUCUAUAACGAACUUGAUCAUCUAUUACAAAGAUAUUAUUCAGACAAUUAUACCAAAAGGCCAUCUAAAUGAUACUUUUGAAGAAUUAGUAAAAAAGAGUGAAGAAGUAUUCUUAAUAACAUUGGAUAGCAAAAUACAAAAAGAACUAAGUCAUGGUGUUAAGGCACCCCCUCUGGAUUUGAAUCCUUCUAUUGUUGUAACCGAUUUGGUUGGUUUCUUGCGAGAUUUGCUUGCUGUAAUGAAUGUUUCAAAUAACAUUAACAGUGCUGAUCGCAAAAUAAUUAUAACUCACAUAUUGGAUCCUCUCUUACAUGCUCUCAAUGAGACAGCUUGCCACUUAAGUUCAACUGAUAUGUCUGUCUACAUGCUAAAUUGUAUUUAUCACAUACAAUGUACUUUAUCUCUGUAUACCAUAAUGGAUGAAUACAAUGAAAGGUUGCAAGCACAGUCAGAGGCUCAAAUUGACACAUUAACAUCAGAGCAAGCAAGCUUUCUAGUUGCUAAUUUGAACCUGGGCCCAAUAUACACAAUCUUACAGGAGAAAACAAGUGGACCACUGUCAGCCAUACCUGGUAUGGACACAGCAACUUUGAAAACAUUCCUUAACAAGUUUGACAUGUUUAUUGUGACCCCAGAUGUGUAUAUUCUGCCUCAGUUGAAUUUGCUUCUAAGCCACAACCACAGGUCACUGGUGAAGAAGAGAGCAUUUGAAGUAAUUUUGGCCAUUUAUGCUCAACUUUACCAGGCCCUUCAUGAUCCUGCUAAUGGAUAUGUUGACCCCCAAAGCAUUGUACGCAGAACUCCUGAGGAAGUUAAUAAACUUAUCAUGUAAAAUACAUGAUAAAUAGAUGAUAAUUAAUUUAUUAUUGAUAAAGCAAGUUCUUUUGUUCGUUCGUUUAUUUUUUUUGGAGGAGUUCAGUGGCGCAGCGGUAAAUGCGCUCGGUCUGCGAUUGUUGAAGUUAAGCAACUUUCGCAAAGGCCGGUCAUAGCGCCGUGGACCCUUGACACUACCCGAUGGCACCACCGGUAGUGUCAAGGGUAUUAUUCCGUGCCCAUGGCACCACCGGUAGUGUCAAGGGUAUUAUUCCGCGUGCCCAUGGCACCACCGGGGUGCAAAAGGUAAGUUACUAUUCUUUUAUAUCGUGAAACCCCAAAUAUAAUAGGUUCAAUAGAGGAAAAAAACAACUGCCAGAAAAUAUAUAGGUAUUUUAAUGAAAUAAGAGUGGGCGGAGACUUAUCCAUAUUUUAAAACCUAAGUUUAUCUAACGCAUGACCUACGCUGAUUUCAUUGUUAGUUAACUGCAUUUGUACAUGCAAAAUGAACUCGUCAUUGUCGAUUAAAUUUCUCCUUCUUUUCGCAGUUAUCUUUAAAUCGUGAAUGUCGGAUAAAACGUUUAGUAAACGUUGAAUGGUUGUGUUUUUUUUAAUUUGUUUGUUUAAUCGAGAAUGAAAACUUUCGGCAACAUUCGUCGUACGAUGACGUUCCCCGAAAACGCUGAACACAUGUGGGGAAUGCACUUUCAUCCAAUAAUUUUCUAUAUAUUUAAUAAAUUUUGACAAAUUGUCGUCAUCGUUGCCAGCACAUUCCGCUUUAAUGUAUUCGAAACCAUGCAGAGUAUGCUCUGCCGGAAUAAGUGGCAACGCGGCUGUCAAGCCCACAAUUCUGUUUCUAGGCUUGGAAUUGGUACACUUUAGGGACUUGGCUUUCUUUAUAAUAGCACGUGUCCAAUGAUAGUAACAACCUCUCAGCAAGAUUUCGGGGAAACACUUCAAUACAGGGUUCAUCAUCCCUGUUUCAUAAUCGCAAUGAAACUUUCUGGUGCUCCAUAGUGGUAAUUGCGACCUAAUUAGAUUGAAUAGAAUAACUUUCUUCUUUUCGGUUAGACAUUAAAGCGUAAAUUAAUGGCCUCACAUUUGUUUUUUCAAUUGUACUAUUCAUGUCUCCGUGAAUAAUAUACAAUAUGGAUAAGUCUCCGCCCACUCUUAUUUCAUUAAAAUAUAUAUUUUCUGGCAGUUGUUUUUUCCCUCUAUUGAACCUAUUAUAUUUGGGUGGUUCCACAAUAUAAAAGAAUAGUACCUUUUGCACCCCGGUGGUGCCAUGGGCACGCGGAAUAAUACCCUUGACACUACCGGUGGUGCCAUGGGCACGGAAUAAUACCCUUGACACCCGAUGGCACCAUCGGUAGUGUCAAGGGUCCGCGGGGGGUCAUAGGAUGGGUGACCACAAAAAAAAAUAAGUUUUCAUCUCGAGCUCCUCCGUGCUUUGGAAGGCACGUUAAGCCGUUGGUCCCGGCUGCAUUAGCAGUCGUUCAUCAUCAUCAGCCGUAUGACGCCCACUGCUGGGCAUAGGCCUCCCCCAAGGAUCUCCACGACGAUCGGUCCUGCGCUGCCCGCAUCCAGCGGCUUCCCGCGACCUUCACCAGAUCGUCGGUCCACCUUGUAGCGGGCCUACCCACUGAGCGUCGUCCGACACGUGGUCGCCACUCCAGAACCUUUCCGCCCCAUCGGCCAUCGGUUCUCCUCGCUAUGUGUCCUGCCCACUGCCACUUCAACUUUGCAAUUCUCCGAGCUAUGUCGGUGACUUUAGUUCUCCUGCGGAUCUCCUCAUUUCUGAUUCGAUCCAGCAGGGAAAUACCGAGCAUAGCUCUCUCCAUUGCCCGCUGAGCGACACCGAGCCUCCUCACGAGACCCAUAGUAAGCGGCCACGUCUCACUGCCGUAGGUCAUCGCAGCAGUAGCAGUCGUUAAUAACCAUCAAUCCGCACUGGGCCCGGAUGGUUUAAGGCCCGAUCUCCCUAUCCAUCCAUAGGGAAGGCCCGUGCCCCAGCAGUGGGGACGUUAAUGGGCUGAUGAUGAUGAAAGCAAGUUCUUUAAUUUAUCUGUGACGACUGUAAUUUAAGCAACUUUAAAUAUAUUCUAUUAUGUUAAGUCUAUACUAAUUAAAUAUAUAUAAUAUUUAUAACAAAAUAAGUAUUUGUCUUAUUGUUAUAGACCAGGCACCUGAGGCCCAAAACUAUUACUUAGAUUAAAUAUCAUUGAAUAUACCAAUUCUUAGACUUUCAUUUUGUACACAAAUCCAAAAUCCACUAAAAUAGUGUGUUUCUUCAGCACCGCCAUGACGAUCGAUUUUAACCUGGAAUCCAACUGCUGGAUUUUAUGGGAUUUCGAGCCUUUAUACGCCCAAUUGUCUCUCUUGUCACGUGGUGGGAUUACAGAGAUAUUUCUUAUCGAGCCUAGAUUUAGCCGAAAGAAAGCAAACUGUUAUGCAGAAUCAUGGCCUGAAUCAUCGAUCAAAGUUUUCGUUACGAUGUCACUAACUAUUCAAGAGCUAUUCAAGAACUGAAAACCCUCAUAUCUGAAGCCAACAACGCUGCUCUAGAUAACUACUUAGAAGGUUUAUCAGCAACAAAAGCAACCAAUUACUCAUUGUGGAGAGCUUGCAAGCGUUUUAAUCGACCAUUACAGCACAAACCACCCCUUCGGACCAGAGACGCUCAAUGGAUUAAAACUGGACAAGAUAAAGCUGAGGCCUUUGCAAAUCACCUCAGCCAUGUAUUUAAACCCAACUUUCCUAGACCAAAUGCAGAUGGACAUUGAACUGAUCCUCAAUCAGGACCUUCAACUUGACUUGCCCUUAAAAUUGGUGACACCUAAAUAAAUCUACAUGAAUAUUAAGUCCAUGGAGAACAAUAAAGCACCGGGCUAUGACAAAAUCGAUAAAAAGGUCCUAGAAGAGUUACCCCGAAAAGCAAUUGUGUACCUUACUGUGUUAUUUAAUGCUAUCCUGAGAAUUGGAUACUUCCCGGACUUAUGCAAAGUAUCCCGAGUUAUAAUGAUCCUGAAACCUGGAAAACCUAUUCAUGAGGUCACUUCAUACAGACCAAUCAGCCUUCUGCCGACAAUGUCAAAGCUAUUGGAGAAGUCUCUACUACAUAGGAUGCUAAAAGUCAUGAAAGAAAAAUCUAUCAUCCCGGAUCACCAAUUCGGCUUUCGGAAGGAACAUGCCACCAUAGAACAGGUCCACAGAGUGUGUAGAACAAUUAGAACGACCUUUGAGAAAAAAGAAUACUGCUCAUCUGCUUUCCUCGACAUACAACAAGCCUUUGAUCGUGUCUGGCACAAAGGCUUGAUGUUUAAAAUAAAAUUAUUACUACCACAUACAUUCUAUGGAGUCUUAAAGUCUUAUAUAAUUAAUAGGAUAUUUCAAGUAAGAGAAGAGAACAACACAUCAGGCUUUCAUGAAAUAUCUGCUGGGGUACCACAGGGUCCUGUGCUUGGACCUGUUCUAUACACAUUAUAUACUUGUGAUCUACCACAGACCCCAGACGUGACAGUGGCGACUUUCGCUGAUGAGUGAUGACACAGCUAUACUCGCUUCAAACAAAUGUCCAACCCAGGCCUCUCGAAUCCUACAAAACAGCCUUAACAAAUUAGAAGAUUGGAUGGCUAAGUGGAGAAUCGCAGCCAGUGUGUCUAAAUCGGUACAUGUAACAUUUACUCUCUGCAGGGAGGAUUGCGCACGGCGCACCUGUUACUUUAAACGGCAGACUUACAUGGAGAAAACACGUUCAAACAAAACGAGACGAAAUUAACCUAAAGUACAAGGGUAUAUAUUGGCUGCUGGGUCGAAACUCUAACUACUGACAACAAGUUACUAGUUUACACAGCAAUUCUAAGACCGAUUUGGACAUACGGCAUAGAACUGUGGGGCUCUGCCAGCGCCUCUAAUGUAAUGGUAAUACAAAAGGUGCAAAACUACAUAUUAAAACAUUUAUACAACGCACCAUGGUUCAUCAAAACAAUAGAAGUGCACGAAAUUCUAAAAGUACCAAUGGUCAGAGAAGAAAUAUGCAAUCGUGGAACCCAGUACAAAAAAAGAUUAGAAAUGCACCCAAAUCAGCUUGCGGGGCAACUAACUAUUCCAGAAACCAUACGUCGUCUAAAAAAGAAACGAGACAUUUUCGAUAAGGACAGUCAGACCGAAUGACUACUUCAAAGAAAGGACCGACUUCGCUGGGAGUAGCGUCCUCCAUGCCAUAUAAACCCAACUCAUCUGUUUAUAGUCAAUGAGACUGAUCGCAACAAAUAACAUCUCUUUUUGGAAUUGGCAGGGUUAAAUUAUUGUCUCCUACACUCUGAUGGCACUUUGUUUGAAAUUUGACUUGUAGUGGUGGGUUUCGCCAAAGAGCGUACUUAGGAGCUGAAUCAAUUCUCAAAAGCAAUAGACCACGUCGCUUUUAAAAUCACACUUUGACGACACAGACUGACUUAACAUGGUCAACAGACUGUGAUAUAAGAAAAAGUAAAAAUAUCACACUUAUUAUUUUAUUUCAUUAUCUGGAAAUGUGUAUGGCUGGUAUACAAAGACAUUUUCUGAACGAAGUUAAAGGUAACAUUUAUGGUCAAAUGCUUUCCUGUACAAUGAAAAAUUAUUUUUAUCAUUUAUCACUCAAAUUCUUAUACAAUCGUAAUAGGAUACAUUAGGCUUGACUUACGUAUGUACA